CUCCGGACGCGGCUCCUCAUAACCCUCGUCAAGAUCUUCGUUCCGUCCGCCAUCCUGCUCGUUCUCGGCGGCCUGCUCGUGUGGGAGCCCCACAUCGAGCUCGCGUUCUACUCGCGCGACUGGAUCCAGUCCGAGAUCGAGCCCAUCCUCCCGCUCGCGGGCUGCUUCGACCCCGCCCGCGUCUCCCCGCGGUACAACGUCAGCGACGCGCUGUACGGCCCGAAGCGCACGGAAGUGCACGCGGGGCUGCCCCUGCGCCUCGGC